AUGCAGGGGGCAAGCAGAGCCAGAGCUUGGCAAUUGGCCACGUUUUUUGUUUUUUAAACUAAAUUAGAGACACAAUUUAUACUUUAUUUUUUAAAAUUUAUUUAUUUUUGGCUGCGUUGGGUCUUUGUUGCUGCGUGCGGGCUUUCUCUAGUUACGGCGAGUGGGGGCUACUGUUCGUUGUGGUGCGCAGGCUUCUCAUUGUGGUGGCUUCUCUUGUUGCGGAGCAUGGGCUCUAGGCACGCAGGCUCAGUAGUUGUGGCACACAGCCUCAGUAGUUGUGGCACGCUGGCUCAGUAGUUGUGGCGCACGGGCUUAGUUGCUCCGCGGCAUGUGGGAUCUUCCCGGACCAGGGCUCGAACCCGUAUCCCCUGCAUCGGCAGGUGGAUUCUUAACCACUGCGCCACCAGGGAAGCCCCUGGCCACGUUUUUUAAUGUUUCAUGAGAGCGGCUGACGUGGGGCUCUGGGACAGAUCUCCUGGCUCCUUCCUCCUCCCUAAAUGUUUAGGAAAACCAAUAUCACAUUAAAGUAAGUAGUAGUAGGAAAGGCUCCUGGUCAAAUCCCACACAAAGUUAUUACAAGAGCAAGGAGCAGGGUAACGUCUGUACAAUCUUGGAAACGCCCAGUGAGGCACAGGAAGCAGGACCUCCGGUGGGUCAGUCCUGGAGGGAAGCCAGGGCGUCAGGAGCCGGGUUUGGGGUGCCCCAGUGUUCCUUACUCAAAACCUGAAAUAAUAAAAAGGUACAAAACAGGGACCAGCUGAACACAUACUGGUAAAGGGGGCCCCAGACAGUUCCAGCAGCGGCUGAAAGACGCUGCUCUGCGGGGAUGGGCCGCCCGUCAAUUUCACUUUCUUCUUUGCACUUUUCUGUAUUUUCUGCAGCGUCUACGCAUUCAUUACUUUACCUUCAGGGAAAAAAAAUCUGGUGCUGAAAAGAGAUCCUUACCUAUUUCUUUUUAGGGCAUGACUGACCCUUCAGUGUUAUAGUGCGUGGAUGGGGCCCUUCCCUCCCUGACCGCCCCUUGCAGCCGGGACACCCGCUUCUACCUGCAGGUGUGGAGCCCGGCUCCGUGGUCAUCACCCGGCAGGCGGUGGACGCCUGCUUCAAGCAGGAGUUCGAGCAAAUUGUCCUCGGGAAGCGGGUGGUCCGGAACACGCACCUGGAGGAGCGGCUGGUGCAGGAGCUGGUGCGGUGCUCCGCGGACCUGGGCGAGUUCCCCACCGUCGUGGGCAAUACCAUGUGCACCCUGGACUUCUACGAAGGGCAAGGCCGCCUGGACGGGGCGCUCUGCUCCUACACGGAGAAGGACAAACAGCAGUACCUGCGGGCGGCCUACGAGGCCGGUAUCCGCAACAUCGAGAUGGAGUCUUCCGUCCUCGCCGCCAUGUGCAACGCCUGCGGCCUCCCAGCGGCCGUGGUGUGCGUCACGCUCCUCGACCGCCUGGAAGGUGACCAGAUCAGCAGCCCCCAUGAGGUGCUGGCCGAGUACCAGCAGCGGCCCCAGCGGCUGGUGGGCCGCUUCAUCAAGAAGUGCCUCUCAGCAGCCUGAGGUCCCCAAGUCUCCAGACACGAGCGUUGGUGUUUGCAGCAAAUAAAAUCAUUGCCACAAUCUC